CCUCCUCCUAACUUGCAUCCGUCUCACUACCCACCCACAUCCCGCUCCAUCAAUCCCUCAUCCCCUUCACAAUGUCGCGCCAACAGCAGAUGAUGGUAAAUAACAACAUGCGUGCUCUUUCUGUUCGAGGAUACUAUUAAAUCCCUACAGGAGCAACACGUGGAAGGCACGAAAGAGGUCGUGUAUACAUCAGCAGCAAACAACCUCGACAGGUGACGUUUGCGAGAUGGCGAUGGAUACGUGGAUAACUCCUCCAGGACAACGCAUGACUGAUUUACGAUCAAUGGAGAGACAGGAAGAAAAUAACACUAUGGAUGGGUCGUGCUCAUCUGCAGAUCGCGACUCGAGGUCAACCACAAAUCAUCCUUCUGAAGGAUGGUACAGACAGCUCUCAGGGCAAGGGUCAGCUCCUUUCCAACAUUAACGCCUGCCUGGCUGUCGUCGAUACUGUCAGGACCACUCUCGGACCUCGCGGCAUGGACAAGCUCAUCGUCGACGAGAAGGGCACUGUUACUAUUUCAAACGAUGGUGCUACCAUUAUGAAGCUCCUCGAUAUUGUCCACCCAGCCGCCAAGACGCUUGUCGACAUUGCUCGUUCUCAGGAUGCGGAGGUCGGAGAUGGUACAACCUCGGUCGUGCUUUUGGCAGGAGAGCUCUUGAAGGAAGUCCGCUCGUACAUCGAAGAAGGCGUCAAUCCUCAGGUGAUCAUCAAGGGAUACAGAAAGGCUGCCCAGCUCGCCAUCAACAAGGUCAAGGAGAUCGCUGUUCGUGUUGAGCGCAAGGACGAGGCCGAGUUCCGCUCGUUGUUGGAGAAGUGUGCCGCAACUGCCAUGUCCUCGAAGCUGAUCCAGUCCCAGACAGAGUUCUUUACCAAGAUGGUUGUCGACGCCGUGCUGCAUUUGGAUCAGGAAGAUCUGGAUGAGAGCCUGAUCGGUAUGAAGAGAGUCACUGGAGGUGCCAUGCAGGAUUCGUUGCUGAUUGAUGGUGUUGCCUUCAAGAAAACUUUCUCGUACGCCGGAUUCGAGCAGCAGCCUAAGAGCUUCAAGAACCCCAAGGUCCUGUCUUUGAACGUCGAACUGGAGUUGAAGGCCGAGAGGGAUAAUGCUGAAGUCCGCGUUGAGGCUGUCGAUGAAUACCAAAAGAUUGUGGACGCUGAAUGGAAAAUCAUUUAUGACAAGUUGGAGGCGAUUGUCAACACUGGCGCCAAGGUCGUCUUGUCAAAGCUGCCCAUUGGAGAUCUUGCGACUCAAUACUUUGCGGAUCGUGAUAUUUUCUGUGCUGGCCGUGUUCCUGCUGGUGAUCUCAACCGCGUUGUCCAAGCCGUCGGAGGAUCGAUCCAGUCGACCUGCUCCGAUAUCGAGUCCAAGCACUUGGGCACAUGCGAGACCUUUGAGGAGAAGCAGAUUGGAGGCGAGCGUUUCAACUUUUUCCAGGGCUGCACUCAGGCCAAGACCUGCACAUUGAUCCUCAGAGGAGGUGCGGAGCAGUUCAUCGCUGAGGUCGAGCGUUCAUUGCACGAUGCCAUCAUGAUUGUCCGUCGUGCGAUCAAGAACUCAUUGGUCGUUGCCGGAGGUGGAGCUACGGAGAUGGAGAUCUCGAAAUACCUCCGUGAUUACUCGAGAACCAUUGCCGGAAAACAGCAGUUGAUUAUCGGGGCAUUUGCGCGUGCAUUGGAGGUGAUCCCUCGCCAGCUCUGCGACAAUGCUGGAUUCGAUGCGACCGACAUCUUGAACAAGCUGAGGAUGAAGCACGCACAGGGCUCACUGUGGAGUGGAGUCGACAUUGAGUCCGAGUCGAUUGCAGAUAACAUGAAGGCCUUUGUCUGGGAGCCCGCACUGGUCAAGACCAACGCCAUGGCGGCCGCUACGGAGGCUGCGUGCUUGAUCCUGUCAGUCGACGAGACUGUCAAGAGCCCUCAGAGCCAGAACCCUGCCGCAAACGCUCGUGGUGGACCCAGAGGCCGUGGUCGUGGAGUUCCCCGCCGUUAAGAGGGUCCGAAGAGAGAAAAGAACAGAAAAAGGAGAGAGUAGAGAUGUGUGUUUUUGGCACAGGCAGGAGUUGCACUACGGCCCCCACUAAGAGUUUUUCGUUUACUAUUAAAGUGUAUUUCAUCGUAUA